GCCCGUGAGGCCAGACGGACUGUUUUGGUCGGUACACCACCGAGCUGUCAAACCACCAAGCGACUGAAGUGCCUCCCUGCCUCCCCGCAGCCUGCAGGAUGGCCCAGGCAGACAGCAAGGUGCUGGUUCUGGGAGCGUUGGCAGGAGUGGCUGGAAUCGGCUUGGCUGUGGUCUGGUACCAGGGCAUCAAGUCCAGACGAAGAGGCUCCUGGCCAGGCUUCUACCUCAAUGGCAGUAAUGAACGCGCUGCUGGUGUCACGAUGGUUGAUGGUCCAGGAACACCCAGUGGCCAGGCUGAGGUGCUGGAGCGCCUUGAAGCCCUGAUUCAGUGUGUGUCGGAGCUGAAGGAUGAGAUGAAGGCGCUGAAGAAUGCUCUGCCGACACUUCCGGACCAAGUCAGAGAGGAGCUGAGGGGCCACAGCGGGGCAGAAGGGGGAGUUGGGGUUCGCCGAUCCAGCCCUCUCCACAGGACCACACCCACACGAAGGAAGAGGGCAGCAGGCUCCGUCAGCAGGGCCAGAGCUGAGGGUCAGAGCUCAGAAGAAGCAGAGAGUGAGGGAGGAUAUAUAACUGCACUGACAGACUCUGAGGAAGAGGAGCCAAAUGAUGAAGGUCAGAGGGGGGAGGAAGAACCUGUAGACAAUCUGUCUGUCCUUCUUGCGAGAAUCGACUCUUUGCACCACGGCACCGAAACCGACAAGAGAGAAAGUCUCAACACCCUGCUAGACAACAGAGAGGAGUUUGGACAGAACUCCGUGUUUUUAUGGCGACUAAUCCGGGCUUACUGUGAUGUUCAUGACGUCAGCUCCAGCCUGGAGGAAAAGAAAACCUAUGCAGAGACUGGAAAGACAGUUGGAGAGGAGGCGGUGAAGCUGAACCCUUCAUGUGCUGAAAGUCAUCAGUGCCUGAAAGGUACGAUCAUGCAUAUCGGUACGGUGAUACUACCAAGAAGGUGUUUCCAACCAUCCUUGGAAAGCAAACCACUUGAUGACAUCAUUCGGUGUCUUCUGGCCCCCUUAUUGUAUGCCAUCAUGUGCGGUAUCAUGGCAGAAUAUGACACCGUGCAGAACAGGAUAAAGAAUGGAUACAUCUUCAAGGAUCAUCUGGAUAAAGCCAUCGAGCUGAAGCCGCAGGACCCCAUGUCGUACUACCUGCUGGGCCGCUGGUGCUACGCUGUGGCUCAGUUAUCAUGGAUUGAGAGGAGAGUUGCUGCUACAUUAUUUGGAGAGCCUCCAAGCGCCACAGUUCAAGAUGCACUGAAGAAUUUUCUUAAGGUCGAGGAGAUCCAGCCCAAAUAUUCCAAACUCAACUAUGUGUUUUUAGCCAAGUGCUACAGAGACCUCGGGCUGAAGGGUGAGGCUAGGAGGAUGUGUGAAGCUGCUUGUUCAAUGGGCACCGUCUCCAAAGAGGAUGAAGAGGCGCAGAAGGAGCUGGACUCUCUUUGCCCAUCGCUUGGAAUUUGAAGCCAGUGUCCAAUAAGCUUUCACUUUCCAUGUGCUGGAGAGGAACCAUCGUUCUCGACUGGCACGAUAUCCACUAGGGGCUCUGUGUGUGUGUGUGUGUGUGUGUGCGUUCGAGUGUGUCUAUGAAUAUAGUGUGUGUUGAGAGUCCAUCAUGUUAUUCACUCUGUGAGUGGACGUAGGUGGGCUGUCCAUCUCGAGGUUAGCUGGGCACACUGACACGUCAUGGCGGUGUGUGUGUUUCCAGAUAUUUACGCUCGCCACUGAGAGCGAUGGGACGCCAGAGUCAGAACCGUCCUACAGCUUGUUGACUGACUAUAACUUUGUGUGUAGGCAACUUUUUUUUUUUUUUUCUUUUCGGAGCAUACAAGAUCAUAUCUGAUCAGUCAAGAGAGUUGUGUGUAGGUAUUUGAAUCCCUCUCCCAGUGUGCAGCAGCUAUCCAAAGUGACAUUUUGCUGAAAAGUCUGCUUGCACUGGCGAGGAGUGCAACAGUGCCGUGUCUCGAGGUUUCCUCAGUUUCCUUGACAACAAAGACCUGUCACAUUUUGGGAAAGUGAUCCACACAGCUUGUUGUUCCUUCCUGCCACGUCCUGUUUUUGUUGUGUCUCCCACUACGCAUUCAAGUGGCAAUAACAAAAAACUCUUCAAACAAUGGUGCACCCAAACAAGGAUCUUGGAGAGAUGUGACCACUGGACGACCUUUUUCCCCCUUCCCCCUGCCACCAUUCAUACCGGCGUUGAUUCUCACUGGCUACGUUUACAUGCACACAACAAACUCAUUACUCACCUGAUGUCAUUAUGAUGAUUAUUUAAUUAGGCAGCGGGUAAAGGAAGAGUAUUCGGUUUUUGUUCAGCUUUAAUACUGUGAUUAUUGAGUGUUUUAUUGCCCUACCGUUUGACCCCUUGACCUUUUGAAAAAGCUCUCCAUGUGGCUUUAUCACUUGAUCAGCUCACCACACACAACCUUAAUCAAAGAAACAUAGAUUAAAUUUACAUAAAUCUGCCUUUUCGUAACUAUGGUGUUGCAUUAAGAGCCGCAUCCUGAUGUGCAUGUAAGUGAAGUCACUGGGAGGCAACCUGGGGGCUCAUCCUGUUAUUUUAUUUCAUUUUAUUUUACUUUUUUGUAUUCAUACUUCUCUUUGUGGGGGAAAAUAAGCAAUGUUUUUAUGUGUUUCUAGUAAAAAAAAGAUAUUAAUUGUAGCAGGGGUUCAGUCAUCCUCUAGACCAGCCUUCACUUCGGCAUGAUAUCGUGACGCUGGAGUUUCUAUUCCACUUCAGCGUCUGCCGCUGAAAUGAUCGGAUCAGACUGAUUGGGUUUUAGAAUCUAAAUGAUUAUUUUAUUUUAUAUUCAGUUGAUUUUGGCCUGUUUUUAAUUACUGUUUUAUGCAUUCCUGAUUUUCAACUUGCGGUGGGCACGGUGACGUGUUAAGUCGUUAUUCUACUCAAUCUUUUAAGUCGAAUGAAUUAACAUGAACAUAUCCUGUGGAACCUGUUGGCUGGAUGAGUUUGUUAAAAAAAAAAAAAAAUGUAGGGAUUUUAAUGGUUUAUUUUUAAGGUUGUUUGAUAAGAUGCCAGGGAUUUAGAACGUGAGGUUCAUGAUAAUGUUUUAUUUUGUUUUUAAGACUACCUGAAUUAUUAAAAUUACAUGAAGAACAUGGGUUACAUGGAUUGUUUGUAGCUUUACAGAUUUUUCUAUCUCAGCACCGUGAAUGUAUUUGAUUUUUUUUUUUUUUUUUUUUUUUUUUCGGCUAAGGGAAUACCGUGUUCCUUAGCCUUAUCUUGUAAAUUAUACACUACAUAGAAAUUAUACUGUAUAAUGUCAUGAUCAUUGCACUGAAUGAUAAAUGGUACUGGAGUCUGUAAUUAAAUGUGUGCAGUCCUGA